AAUCUCGUCAUUGGCCGUAGAGCGCUCGCCAUCCGCACCGUGUUUUUUGUGCUCGCGGCGUGCUCCCUCGGGCCCGCUUCGGCAGAUGGUCUCCGGCGGGUAGGCAAAACGGAAGCUGCACGCAGGUACCAUCGAGAUGCGCAUGAUACAGACAGCAAGCAGCAAGGCACCGUCGCCAAAUGAAUUCGGCUGCGCUAAAAUGUCAAGCAAGCUCGGAUGUUGAGCAGUAAGAUGGCGCUCGGAAAGUGGACUCCCUUUGUUCCUCUUUUUAUAACAACAGCGCUCUUUGCCCUCACCUCCCCACUCUUUCUCUCUUUCGUCUCCUCGUCUCCCCUUUGAAGCUCAUCGCCAGCAUGGCCGUAGAAACAAUUUCGGCGACACAGCCGCCCGCGGAUGUCAACUUUGCAAGCCAACCGGCUCCCUUGCGCAACAUCUUCACCAACGGCCGAGCUGCGUAUCAGCGUACGAUCACGCUCAGCCAAUCAGAUGGUCCAGAGAAAAUCUUGACCGAUGCCUUUCCUGGCGUCCUCGACGCAUCGCCCGACGCCACGUUGGACGCUUUCCUAUCGGAGGCGUCUAGCUUGGCUGCUCAGCCGGCGCAUCGCACGGCGAAGGCCGACGAGUCGGCCCUGCGAACGCUCCUGACGAGCUCGGGUGGCGCCUUGCACUUCCGCAACACGCCACUCCGCACAGCAGAUGACUUCUCUGCGUUCAUCCACACGCUGGCAGAGGGAGCAGGCUGGGUGCCGCACCAAGACAAAGGAUUGAUGGUUCUCCGUCGUCCGCACGCCAAGAAUGUCGCCUCGGCUAAUGAAGGUCCUUCUCACUUGGCGAUUGGCUCUCACAACGAAUACGGCCUAUCGUCCCACCACCCAUCCUUCAUCGCCUUUUUUUGUCUCUCUGCUCCCGAAAAGCGAGGCGAGACACCGAUCGCAUCAAGCUUCAAGCUGUACCAACGCUUUGCCGAGGAACAAACCGACUACCUCGCGACGAUCGAAAAACAAGGGAUCGCAUACACCAUUACUCAUCCGCGCGCGAGAGUGGCCAACUCCUUGGGUGGCAAUGGCGUCUUUGAACCAAGCGCCUUUGGUCCUCAGACCCAACAACAAGACGUGACCGAAGAGCAGCUUCGGUCCAUUGUGGAAGACAACGUCAGGUCGCUCGCUGAGGAAGGCGGCUGGCAACCUAAUGCCACUGCCACAGAAAACACUUGGAAGCAACGAGGCUAUUCCUCUCACUGGCUCCCCGACGGCUCCUGCAUGGUCGUUCAGCGCGUCCCCGGCGUCCGUCAGCACCCGGUGUUUCACCUGCCGAGCUACUUUACCAAUGUGCACUCGCGCACGCUCCACGCGGACACCCAUCGUACAUCAAAGCCGUGGUCGAUGAGCCUGGACACGUGGCUGAAGCAGCAGCUGGCGUCGCCCUCGGAGCAGCCACACAACCUGCCACCGUACUAUGUAGGACCGCACGGCGACGACCUGCCCUUUCCGCUCAAGUGGAUUGAUAGCAUCCGGAAGAUCACGACCGAAGAGCAGGUCGACGUGCCAUGGCAGCAGGGCGACGUGCUCCUGCUCGACAACCUGGCCGUACAGCACGGCCGUCGAACGUGGGAAGGCGAUCGCAGACUUCUGGCGAGCCUGUGGGAUGUGCAGAAGUAGCAUCGUAGUACGGUUCCCUCUGGUAAGCGUGGCUGGCACUUGUCUUCUGCUGCAGUCUCUCUUUUCCGCUCUCCAACUUGCUUGCUCCUCUUUCAGCUCUAGACCAUGCGCUCUCCCUUUACUGUUUGUACAUGCUUCCCACGUAGCCCCUAUAUGUGACGCCAGCAACCGCGCCGCGACUUUCUUUCCUCUCUCUGGCUUCCUUAUGUUCCCGAUUAUCGUCACUUGUGCUGCUGCUGCUGCUGCUGCGGCAAUUGUUUCUACUGCUCUGAAUCCCACUGCUGCGCCAUCGUCGUCGUCCCUGUCGAACCUGCGGGAGAGGUCAAAGACGCUGGAAAAACACCUCAUAGGCAAGGUCUAAG